AUGCGCGUCUUCAAAACGAGCGCAGCCGCUCAAGCAAGUAGAGAGGUGACCGCCCAGGCGCGCCAUCGCCCGUCGCGGGCCGCGGGCGGCGCGCACGAGGCGUCGCGGUGGCCAGCGAACUGCACUGCGGUCCUGCUAAGCGUGCUCGCAGCGUCCGCUCCGAUCGCGGCGCCGCCCACAGCGGGGGCCGCCGGGGAGUCCCCGUACGCACUCGCGGCUAAGGGCAACGACUAUGGGCUCCUGAACGGCCGCAUCCGCGCGUGCCAGGGCAAUCUCAACCCCAACUGCGUCAGCACGUCCAGCCUCACGGGCGCCUACGCCCCUGCCUGGCGCGCGCCGGAAGGCAUGGACACCAAGGAGGCUAUCGAGCUGAUCAAGGACACGGUGAUGCGCGUCGGCGGCGCGGGGUCGCGCGUGCUGGCGGACGAGGUGGUCGCGGAGGGCGCGACGCGGUACGUGCGGAUCAGCGUGCCCAGCAAAAAGUUCCCGGAGGACGUCGUGGAGUUCCUCAUCAAGCCCGAGGGCGUCACGGACCGCAACUGGGAGGGCGACCGGCCCGGCGCGCUCGUGCUGUACCGCUCGAUCGCGGGCGGGGUCAAGUACUUGUACCCCCUGACGCAGCCGAUCGGCGACGGGAACGCGCAGCAGAAACGGAUGCAGACGGUGCGCGCGGAGCUGGGGUGGAAGCUUGUCGGGUGCGAGCUGAUCGAGUGCUACGGGGAGUGA